GUCGAUUCUGUCGUUUCGCGCGCGGCUCGUUCGCGCCAUUUUUUCGGGAAAAAAUUCCUUUUCCAAUGGGGAGAGGAAAUCGGGUCGAUAAUUGCUCGCUGCUGGUUCUGUUAAUGGUGGCCGCGAGCUGUGCGAAGGUGACGACCAAGUUUGGCGACAUCACGGGGCUUUGGAGCAGGAGCUCGAGAGGGAGGCUCGUGACGCAUUAUCUGGGCAUUCCUUACGCUCGACCGCCCCUCGGCGACUUGAGAUUCAGGAGCCCUCAGCCGUGGGAUGAAACGUGGAACGGGACUUUCGAGGCUACGAAAAAUGCCCCACCGUGUUAUCAGAUGUCGAAGGAUGGGAAUAUGAUUGGAGAAGAAGAUUGUCUCUAUCUCAAUGUUUACGUGCCAAAAGAAAUUUCAGAAAAGGAGAAGAAAAGCGGGCUUCCGGUAAUGGUAUACGUAUACGGUGGAAAAUUCUCCGUUGGUGAUGCUAGCAGCCGCAAACAUCCAUCGGAAUAUCUAAUGGAUCAGGAUGUAAUCUUGGUUCUGAUGAAUUAUCGUUUAAAUCUUUUAGGAUUCUUGAGCACGGGCAGCAGAGCCAGCCCAGGUAACUACGGUUUGAAAGACAUCGUGCAGGCGUUGCGCUGGAUCCAGGAAAACAUCCGCUCGUUCAACGGGGAUCCGAACAAAGUGACCCUGUGGGGUCACAGCGCGGGUGCUGCCGCCAUUCACAUGCUGGCUCUGAACCGAAAAACGGAAGGAUUGUUCAACAGGUACAUCCUACAAAGCGGGUUCGCCGUCAGCCCUUGGGCCGUGAAUCCCAGAAGCUUGAUGAGAAGGGUGGCGCUGGACGUAGCCAACCAUCUUUAUUGUCUUCCUUCCAAAAGGGAAGGAAGGAAGGAAGGUAGGGGGGACGAGGAAAUGGAAAACGAGGCGAGCGAAGAGUCGGCGCUGAAUGUGACGAUUAGCUUAAGUGGAAUGGAGGAUGUAAUGGAAAAAUAUAGCGAGGAGGAAGAGGAAGAGAUGAUGAAGUGUUUGAGGAGUGUUGAGGUCGAAGAGUUGGGGAGUAUUCUGGAUUAUUAUUACAACGUAUUGAAUACGCCGUGCUGCCUUUUUAAACCAACCAUCGAGGAGGAAUCAAGCGACGCUAUCGUGACGAUGCAUCCCUUAACAGCGAUAAAAAAUCGCUUGUUCAGAGAUAUACCAUUUAUUAUGGGAGUGGUUCAGGAAGAAGGGCUGGUGAAAACGAUCGAAUACGUGACGGACACCGCCAGCCAAGAUGAACUGAUAAAUAAUUUCGAGACAUGCGUGACCCGAGUGACGGAUUACUAUUGGAUAAUUUCAAACUCCACGCCGCUGGCCGAGCCCAUAGAGAAAUUCUACUUCGACGGGGACGUCUCCUCGACGAAGGGGAUACGAAAUAUCACGAACGUUUCGAGCGACGGCUUCCAAUUAUACCCGGCGUAUCGAACGUUGAAGCACCAAUCGAAAGUAAUGAAUUCGAGCACGUAUUUUUAUUUGUUCAAUUACGAGGGCACGUUCAGCUACCUUUUCUCCCUUGGAUAUCAAAACCGUUACGGGGUCACUCACUGUGACGAUUUGAACUACUUGUUCCCUAUGUUGAACGCGAAAUUGAAGGAUCUAAUGCUGCACAACACCGAAAACGACGUGACUAUGAUCAACAUAAUGACCGAGUUGUGGGCUAAUUUCGCGAAUACGGGUGUGCCGAAGACUUGGGGAGUGGCGCCGUGGCCGGAUUACAAGGAUUCCGAGCAGUUCCUUUCGAUCGGAGCUGGGAAAGUUCCGAACGUGACCGUGGGCCACGCGUUUUUCCAACAACGAAUGGAAUUUUGGGACGAAUUAUACGCGAACAUAACGCCGUACCUGAACUUCGAAUUCGACGACGUCUCCAACACUUCGAGCGCAAAGCGUAGCGGAAUACUCAUCUGUUUGAUAUCCACUCUAUUUGCCAUCCACUUUCCAAAUUAAACGAAUUAAUUCAACAUGUAUAUACACACACACACACACACACAUAUAUAUAUAAUACGCACGUUCCGACAUAGAUUAUCUCCAAUAACAAAGAAACGUGACAAUUGACUCGAAUUUUCGACCCACACUUUCGUAAAAAUUGCUUGCUCUAAAAGCUAAAGAAAAAAGGAGAGAGAGAAAAAAAAAAAUCCGUGGGAAAGAACAACAAUUUCUAAGGGGAACGAGCGUGAAUAAAG